CAAUAAAUUUUGCCAAAUUAAAAUAAACCCAUUGAAAUUGCGUAGUAAAUAUUGAUUUAUGCCAAGCACACGCUAUGUCGUAAAUGAACGAUAAGUCGCAAUACACUCAUCAAAGUAACGGAGGAGAGCUAAAGGCUGAGAGCACCUAUCAUAUUCUAUCAUGACAUUGGUUUGUUUUUGUUGUUUAAUCUGUGCAAUAUAGGUAGUUAUGUGAGCAGGACUGAGCAAAUUACCGAGACAAAUUGAAACUUAAACUCGCAAAAAAGCAGGAGAAAUAUUCAGUUAAAAAUUACGCGAAUUUCAAGAAAAAAGAAACGAUAUGGCAGCGAAAGGAGCACACAUAACGCAAAAUAGUAUUGAAGCUCGCCCAUCAAUAUUUGAAGUGGUAGCAGCCGAUUCCCUGAAUGCAACUUUCUAUCCCGCUCUGAAAAGAAUUGCCAAUUUUCUAGCUACUAUUAAACCUGGCACGUUUGGUAGCCUCGUAAGGUACUACGAUGAAGCAUACCUACUGUUCACUUGGGUUGUCCAAAGAUAUUACUUGCGACACAAGGGCGGAUCACUGUCGGAAGUGUUCUAUGGAUUAACACGGAUCUCAGCGCGAACACAGAACCUGGAUCACACUGGCCAACGCUGGUCGUUGAUAUGUCUAGUAAUGGCUCCCUACGUGUAUCGCAAAUUCGAACAACGAUUGCAUCAAUGGAAAGAUGAUUACGAAAAUGGAAAACCUGUUUCGCAGAACAAAGUUCUCCUGACCAAAGUGGUACCAUAUCUGAGAGCAUAUUUCGAGGGUGUUAAACUAUUCCAAUACAUCAGCUAUUUGGCCGGAAUUGGACCUACACAUUCACCUGUACUGAGGGCGCUGAACCUGACGCUGACCUACCUAGCAGAAGAGGAAGAAUCGUGGACCAUUCGAGACUUGCUCGGUGGUCAGGUUAAGCUAGCAGCGAUGCUCAGCACGGUUAUGCUAAGAACAUUGGAGCUUUCGGCGUUCUUCCUGCAAUUCAUCGAGUGGUGGCAAAACGAAGCAAACAUGGGUGAUUUGUCUAAGCUGCCGAUACCGGAUGCGCCGCCGGCGGACUUCAACAGUGAGAAAUACAAAGGGGUAUGUCCACUGUGCCUGCAGCGUUGGUUGAUUCCAACGGCGGUUUCCAUUUCUGGGUAUGUCUACUGCUAUCGUUGUAUCGUAUCACAUUUACAGAAAGAGAAUAAGUGUCCAGUUACAAAGUAUCCUGCCACUGUUAAUGACCUAGUGAGGAUAUUCGACGACGAAGAUGACGUGUGAUGGUAGUUCCAAGUGAAUUGUUUUUUGUUUAUCAGGAUCGUGGUGGAGCAAAUGGGUACAUUUUGUUAUGGUAUUUGAAAUAAUUAUUUUGUAUAUACAGACUAAGCAGUAAUAAAGACUGAUUUCUGAGUUACAGAGCUAACACGAA